CCAUUUCCCCAAAUCCCAAAUUCGAACUGCGCAGGGAGCGGAGCAAAGAGGAAGAAGCCGCCGCUGUUGCUGUCCCCUGCCUAGCGAGCUCCGAUCCCCUCUCCCCCCGCCCCUCGCCGUGAAUCACACGCGGAUUAAUCGGCUCGCCGGGGUCCAAAUCUCAGGCCAUCCGCGCAACCCACCUAGCAUUCCACCGGGAUUCGGUUGGUCGGCGGGGGAGCUGCGCGCUGGAGUUUCCGCCGUGCUUUCACUUCACCGUCGAGGGUUCUGCGAGGGGCUAGUUGUUGGAGAUGGGGGUGGAUGAUUACCAUGUGGUGGAGCUCGUCGGGGAGGGAUCUUUCGGGAAGGUGUACAAGGGGAGGCGCAAGUACAGCCGGCAGACGGUUGCCAUGAAGUUUAUUCUCAAGCAUGGGAAGACCGACAAGGACAUCCACAACCUGAGGCAGGAGAUCGAGAUUCUGAGGAAACUCAAGCACGAGAAUAUAAUUGAAAUGAUCGAUGCUUUCGAAACCCCUCAGGAGUUUUGUGUCGUCACAGAGUUUGCGCAGGGAGAACUAUUUGAAGUGCUCGAGGAUGAUAAAUGCCUUCCAGAGGAACAAGUUCAAGCUAUUGCUAAGCAGCUGGUAAAAGCAUUAUAUUAUUUGCACUCCAAUCGUAUUAUCCAUCGAGAUAUGAAACCUCAGAACAUCCUCAUUGGAAAAGGAUCUAUUGUGAAGCUUUGUGAUUUCGGGUUUGCUCGUGCCAUGUCAGCUAAUACUGUUGUUCUGCGCUCUAUAAAAGGAACACCAUUAUAUAUGGCUCCAGAACUUGUAAGGGAACAACCUUAUAACCACACGGCGGAUUUAUGGUCUCUUGGGGUCAUCUUGUAUGAACUAUUUGUUGGGCAACCCCCUUUUUAUACAAAUUCAGUCUAUGCACUUAUACGCCACAUUGUCAAGGAUCCUGUGAAAUAUCCAGAUAAUAUGAGUGCAAACUUUAAGAGCUUCUUGAAGGGUUUACUAAACAAGUUGCCUCAAAAUAGAUUAACCUGGCCAGCAUUGUUGGAGCACCCGUUUGUCAAAGAUGAUUCAGUGGAAUUUCUAGCUGAUACUCAAUCCACACCUUUUGAAGUAAAAAAAUCUGAAGCCCCGCGGAAAGCAGAUGAAAUUCAAACAACAAAGAACCAACCCUGCGCUACUGAACCCCCAAGUAGGAAUACUGUUAACAAUGGAGAAAAUGACUAUGAUAAACAAAAAGGCAAUAAAAAGGGUGGCCCUAUGCCAGCUACAGAGGGUCAUCAUGGUUCAUCUCCUGCUGCUAUUUCUGAUACUCCAUCAGAGUGUACAGCUUUAGAUAAGCUGGAAAAAACUUCACAAACAGCAAGCGGUGCUAGCAGCAUUAUUGCAGACAGGGAAGCACUCUCGACUGUCCUCAGUCCCAUCAAAAUUUGGUUGAGCAAUCCUUCUACUCCACCGAGGGAGUUGAAUAUUGACGGUGCAAAUCAGUCACUCAGAAUUGUUAAAAAUCUAAUUGAAGCUGGGUCUUAUCACUCUUGUGCAGCAAUUGAUGACAUCAUCUGUAUAUUUCUUGAGUUUACAAGUCUCAUUAUCAAAACGAAGCUUUCAGAAGCUUACAGCCUUGUAGUAAAGUGUCUUGCUAUAGCACGGAAACUACUCGAUACAAGUGAAGCUCUUGUGCUAAGUUCUUAUGGCAGACACUGGUCAUCCCUGUAUGAUCUUUAUUCACAGAUUCUGGUUUCCACAGUUGAUCCAUCUGGAAGAAUAUCACGUGAGUCGACUGCAUGUCUUGCCUUGAUGUUAUCUCGGGUCAUUUCUGUGUUGAAAACAAGUAUUUCUUCCGAGGGCCCAAAUCCAGUUGAAGAAAGUCUCGCCAACAUUAUUGAUCAUGCAAGGAAGUCACAGUUACUAGAACUCUUGUGUGAAUGUCUGAUAGCUUCAGGUUCUGACAUAAUAUCUGGUUCUACAAACAUGGUGCCAGCAGCAUGUGAGGCAUGCAAGGCUAUUUGGUAUCUAGCUCAUGCUGUUGACAUUGUAUCCCUUGGUGCGAACCAUUUUUCAUUUCCAUUAGCUAGCUCAUGGCGAAAAGGUCACUCAAAGUCUGAUGGUAAAAUGCAAGAGCAAGAUUCAUUGCCAGAUUCUAACUCUACUAGUCUGAUUAACAUAUUUGUCAAAUCAUUUCUGGCUUCGCGACAAAUGCAGGUUGCAGUUUACCACUGCUUGCAUAAUGGUCUAGAGUCAGCUAUUCACGCUUCUCUUCAGCUCAUCUCAAGGGCCUGCCUGCUGAAUCCGUCUUUCUGUGCUAUCGUUUGUACUCCAUUGAAUUCCUCACUGGAUGUCAAUGAAGUAGAGUAUGGUGGAGACGGGACAAUUGUAUCUGAUAUGUUCUCGUUGCUGUCACUGUGUGGUUCAUAUUUGAAUAAGGAAUCAAAGCAGAGUAAUCAGAAAUGUAAACUGUCUAAUCCUCAUGCCCUAGUAGUGCACUGUUGUCUUGCAUUGGCAACAAUAGCCGCAUGUCUGAAGUCGGAGGGGAAAUCUUCAGCGUCAAUUAUCUUAACGAGUUCCCACAAGAAACAGCGGUCUCGACUUUCCGUUCUUGCGCACCUCUCUUCAGUCGAUGAUACAGUGAAGAGUUGCCUGCAACCGCACUGUGCAUCUGCAACACUUGCACUAUCAACAAUUAUUUCACUUGAAAAUGGAGGGCAAACAAGAUCUUCUCUAUGUGAAACCGCCCUUGCUUUGUUUCCUCGCAUGGCAACAGUGCAUACAUUGCUGAAGCUUUGGCUAUCUGAUGGAAGUGAGGAACUUUGUCGAUAUAAUGCUGGCUUACUGAAUCUGUUUGGCCUUCGUGAUGGGAGUAUCGGGCUCUUGGAGACUAGAUUGAAAUGGGGUGGACCAUUGGCUAUCGAACAAGCCUGCUCAGUUGGUAUCCCGCAGCUUCUAGUUCGCUUGCUUACUGAUGGAUUCUUAAGGGAUCCCUCUGAUGGGAAAGAAGGUUCAACACAUCGCAGUGGAUUAUCACCAUUGGGAGUUGCCUGGACUCUUUCUGCUUUAUCUCAAUGCCUUCCUGGUGGUGUUUUCCGUGAAAUUUUGUAUAAAGGGGAACAUGUAAAGCUUUUGACUGACAUGCUUUCUGAUAUGCAUCUCAAGGCGUUGGUGGCUUGGACUGGCCUUGGUGGUGGGAAAAGGGGAGUGCGUGAGCUGAUAAACUCAGUUGUCGAUAUAUUGGCAUUCCCAUUUGUUGCAGUGCAGAGUUCUCCAAACAUGCCAUCAACAUCAGCAUCCAUCAAUAGUGGUUUUCUUCUCAACAUUGGAUCACCAGGGGGAAGAAUUGGUACUGAGAAUAAGGAGAUGCUCAAAACUAUAGAGCAUAGCAUGCCUCAAUACAUUCAAAUCCUCCUAGAGGUUGGUGUUCCUGGGUGUAUACUUCGCUGCCUUGAUUAUGUCAAUAUGGAAGACCUAGCAAGGCCCUUGGCCAUUGUGGCCAAAAUGGUGGGUUACCGUCCACUUGCUUUGCAGCUUCUAAGAGAGGGCCUUCUAAAUCCACGUAGAGUAGCAAAGCUACUCAAAGGUUCUCUUGCCAAGGAGACUUUGCUCGACUUCCUCAUGAUAGUUUCUGAUCUUGCUCGCAUGUCCAAGGACUUCUAUGAGCCAAUUGAUAAGGCAGGCAUGGUUGAAUUUUUGAAGAACUUUCUAUCUGACGAGGACCCUGAUAUAAGAGCAAAAGCUUGCAGUGCCAUUGGCAACAUGUGCCGUCACAGUCCCUACUUCUAUAGCCCAUUUGCAGCAAAUAAGGUGAUUGAGCUGGUAGUCGAGAGGUGCUCUGAUCCUGACAAACGGACUCGGAAAUUUGCAUGUUUUGCUGUCGGCAAUGCUGCUUAUCACAACGACAUGCUGUAUGAAGAACUCAGAGGGUCUAUACCCCAACUCACUAAGCUACUUCUUGCACCUGAGGAGGAUAAGACCAAAGGCAAUGCUGCAGGGGCACUGAGUAAUCUGGUGAGGAACUCUGACAUUCUCUGUGAAGACAUCGUCUCGCAAGGCGCUAUGCAGGCCCUGCUGAAGAUGGUCAGCAGCUUCUCCACUGUUGCUCUGAGCCCCAGCAGAAAAGACGCCCUAACAGAAUCGCCACUUAGGAUUGUUCUCUUUGCGCUACGCAAGAUGUGCGACCACACCGUCUGCCGGCUGUUCCUACGGUCGUCCGAGCUGCUCCCGAUCAUCGUGCACCUCAGGCAGUCGCCUGACCAGACCAUAUCUGAGUACGCUUCCGCCAUCGCGAGUAAAGCGUACCAAGCCUGACGUGUCUCCUGGCAGGUGCAGCAGGGCCUUUUCAAGUUGUGAUGAUGCAACACUGGUUCAGUUUUGCUGAACCACCGUCGAUCCACUAUGUUUUGGAACUGUAAUUUAAAACAGCCUCUCUCAUGAGUCAGUGUGUGUAUGUAUGUGUGUAAGGUUUCUUUUUCCGUGUAUGUAUGUAUGCAGCUCCGAGAAAGCCUCGUGAUUACAUGCCAAGAUGUUCGGCUGUUCGCUGUCCUGCUGCCACCGUGCAUCAGUUCAGUUGGCAUCAUUUGUUACAUGGGACACACGAAAAGUAAAUCCUGGACACAAUACUCAUGCAUUGCCAACGACAGAUUCUCCGA